AAAAGUAUUCAGAUGACCCUACCCCUUGACUAAAGUGAGUGUUGGGGUUUCAGUGAGCGUUCGGCGACAGUUUGUGGCCAUGAGGGUUUUAAUAGGAGGGGGCUCUGGUUUUAUUGGCCGGGAGCUGACUCAUCUCCUCAAAGCCAAAGGUCAUGAGGUCACAGUGAUAUCUCGCCAACCUGGUCCAGGAAGAAUAACGUGGGGUGAAUUAGAGUCCGGCGGCCUCCCACAGUGUGACAGUGUUGUAAAUUUGGCUGGAGAGAAUCUCAUGAACCCUCUUCGAUGGUGGAAUGAAAGCUACAAAAAGGAUUUGUUCUCCAGCCGCGUCGACACAACCAAAGCUCUGUCUCGAGUCAUUGCAGAGUCCUCCAGUCCUCCUCACUCCUGGGUGCUGGUUUCAGGUUUAGCCUGCUACAAACCCAGCCUGACAGCAGAGUACACGGAGGACAGCGAGUGGACGCCGUUUGACCUCCUCUCCCGGCUCGUCAAAGAGUGGGAGGCUGCGGCGCGUCUUCCUGAGAGCGUGGCUAAAACCACCAAACAAGUCGUCGUUCGACCUGGGGCAGUGUUGGGUCGUGACGGUGGGGCCAUGAAGCAGAUGCUGCUGCCCUUCUGGCUCGGUCUUGGGGGGACGCUGGGCUCUGGACGUCAGUCGUUCCCGUGGAUCCACGUCUCGGACCUGGCAGGGAUCAUCGCCCUCUCUCUGGAGCCCCCUGCCGACGCGCCCUGCCCCUCUCCACAGGUGUACAACGGAGUGGCACCUGCGUUCAACACCAACUACGAGUUCACCAAGGAGCUGGGUCAGAUCCUGAGGCGGCCCACGAUCCUCCCCGUCCCCAGCUUUGUUCUGAACACCCUGCUGGGCUCUGAGAGGGCUGUGAUCCUCACUCAAGGCCAGAAAGUCAUCCCGAAGCGGACUUUGGAGUCUGGGUAUCAGUACAAGUACCCAGACUUGACCUCAGCACUCAAACAGAUUGUGGAAAGUUAAUUUUUUUAAAUAUAUUAAAGAGUUAUAAAAAUAUAAAA